AUGCAUCUUAUUCUCACCGGUGCGACCGGUCUCGUCGGCUCCGGCGUUCUCCAAGCCAUGCUGGCGUCGAAAGAGAUCACCAAGGUUUCGAUUCUCAGUCGGCGAGCGGUUCCAGCCGCAUCCAACAAUCCAAAGGUGAACGUCAUUAUCCACCAAGAUUUUGAGAAAUAUGACUCUCAAGUUCUCAGCCAGCUCCAAGGAGCCAACGGCGUGGUUUGGGCUUUGGGUAUUAGCGCUCUAAAAGUUACGAAAGAGGACUGCGUCAAGAUUACGAGAGAUUGGCCUCUGGCUGCGGCUAAAGGUUUCUCAGACCUUGCUCCCGAAGGUCAAGCCUUUCGAUUUAUCUACGUCUCUGGCGGAGGCGCAACGCAAAACCCCAACUUUUUUACCGCCUUCUACGGUCGGGUCAAAGGUGAAACUGAAACGCUCUUGUCAAGUUUGCGUACUCCUUGCCUCCAAAUCGAGUCUGUACGCCCAGCCGGUGUAGACGCUUCUGAUCACGAUGCCAUUAAGCCGUUCAUCCCCGAUCCUGGCCUUGCGUAUAGGAUCAUGGGUGUCUUUCUGGGACCCUUGUUCCGGACUUUGAUGCCUUCCUUAUACAGUCCUACUAAGCCACUUGGAGAGUUCUUGGUGGGCAUGGCAGUGGGCAAAUACGAUCAAGACCUCGAUGCGGGUGGAAAGGGCAUUACUACACUGCCGGGUGGGCUAAGAGUAUUGGAUAACUGGGCAUUUCGAAGGCUUUACGGGUUGCCUUAG